AUGUUUCAAGCCCAAAAAAAUCUCAAGCUGACGAGUGCUGACGCAAUGUAUUGCUUCGUGGCAGGACACUGCAACAACACAGAGGUCACCGAGGCCACAACACAAACAGAAGCAAGCGCCAUCUGUGAUAAACUGUACGGUCAGAGGUGGACAAAGAUCGGCUGGAAUGACUUUAUGGGUGUGUUGGCUCGUGCGCUUGAACUGAGCACGACCCAUCAUGUACCGAAGGAGUGGAAUGUCACAGGGUGGAACUCACUGGUUAAGCUGGCGCAUCAUGAAGCAGAGAUAUCUGCUAUGACAGCAUGUGCGAUGGGCAAUUUUCAGUGCGAUCUUGCCUACUGCAAAAUGAAUUAUUGCAAUUCACCCAAAUUUCGUUCAAGGUUUGGCAACCUGUCUUGGUCAUAUCCAGACUGAAGCUCAUAGCUUCUGAGGUGCCAAUGCAGUUGUCUAUAGUUUGUUUUCAUACCGACCGUAUUCCGAAUAUUCCUGCUUUUGGAGAUCCUUUAC